AAAUCUCGCGAUGAUGUGAAGUCUCGUUAGCCCCCGCGCGCAGAGCCUCGGAUGGAGGAGGUGGUAGCCAUGUUGUAGCUGCGGAACGCCACAGAGUCAGCAGACGCAGAGGCCCCGGAGGACCGUUUCUGCUUCUCACGCGGCUCACAGCAGUUGCCCGUUCGUUUCUCCGCGAGCAGCGCCCAGUCACAGAGCACCAUGAGCGGCGGGACGCCCUACCUGGGCAGCAAGAUCAGCCUGAUCUCCAAGGCCGAGAUCCGCUACGAAGGCAUCCUCUACACCAUCGACACCGAGAACUCGACGGUGGCGCUGGCUAAAGUUCGCUCCUUCGGCACAGAGGACCGCCCCACUGACCGGCCCAUUCCACCUCGAGAUGAUACCUUCGAGUACAUCAUCUUCAGAGGCAGCGACAUCAAGGACCUGACAGUGUGUGAGCCACCCAAACCCACCUGCUCGCUGCCCCAGGACCCGGCCAUCGUCCAGUCGUCAAUGAGCUCCAGCUCUUCGUCCGCCGCCGCCGCACCGACCCCGUUCCAGUCCGCCGGUUCCUACGGCCUCUUCAGCCGAGCCCCGGUUUCCGCCUACAGCCAGUUCAGCAGCAGCACGCUGGUGUCGCCACAGCUCGGAUCUGUCAGCGUGGGACGCACGGCGCCUUCGUUUGUGAGCAACACGAGCGCCACCUCCGCUGUUGGCUCUGCCCUCCCCCCUGACUCAGGGUCUCUGGGGAUCGAAGGCCGAACCAGCCCCAGCAGCCUGGACCCUCUGAGGAAGAGUCCCGUCCUGGACCAGGUGAUCCCCGGCACCUCCUCUGCUGCCACCGCUACCACCGUUCCAGCCCCCGGCCUAGGACGCAGGAGCCCCACCCACGGUCGCACAGCCGCCUCAGGACAGAGCAGCCAGAAGGUUCAGCACGUGCAGGACAGCGUAGACACCAGGAGGGCUGCUGCUGGCGCUCCACCUAACCGGCGCGGCCGAGGAGGAGGUCAUCGCGGCAGAGGACGCUUCAGCGUGCGCCGAGACGGCCCCAUGAAGUUCGAGAAGGACUUUGACUUUGAGAGCGCCAACGCCCAGUUCAACAAGGAGGAGAUCGACCGCGAGUUCCAGAGCAAGCUGAAGCUCAAAGAUGAGAAGUCAGAAAAGGCGCUGAACGGCGAGGAUAAAGGCGACUCUGGUGUGGAAACUCAGAACAGCGAGGGCAACGCCGACGACGAGAGCGACCCGCUUGGCCCGAACUGCUACUACGACAAAUCCAAGUCCUUCUUCGACAACAUCUCCUGCGACGACACAAGCAGGAAGACAAACGACAAGUCUGGAGGUUCGGGGUUCCUGAGGGAGCGGAGGCAGACGUGGGCAGAGGAGAGGCGGAUGAACGCUGAAACCUUUGGUAUCCCGCUGCGUCAGAGCCGAGGACGUGGAGGCUACCGCGGCCGUGGCGGCAUGGGCUACCGCGGAGGUCGGGGUCGCCCGGCCAGCCGAGGCUCCUUCGGUCCGCCGCAGGGAGGCGGCGGCGGCUACAGGGGAGGAUACAGAGGAAACCAGGCCGGCCGGGAGUUUGCCGACCUGUCGGCAUACAGGAAGGACAACAAAGUGGCGGCGUAGUCCCAGCGGGUGGAGUCCUCUGCACAGAGGUGGAGCUUCUUCACGCUUCAGAGGAAGACAAAUAGUUGUGGUUGCUAUUUUGUUGAUGAAAAUAAUGAAGAUUGUCUACUAGUUGUAUAUUUGUCACCAGCACUGGGGUAGACUGCUUGAAUGCAACGUAACUUUCCAUAUCUGUCGGCGGCAGCGGCGAGAAACCCUCGCAGGCGGCUGAGUUGAAUAUUGGCGAGGCGUUUCCCCGACGCUGUCUGUGAUUACCGACUGAUGCUCGCUGACGUAGCUUUACCGGGGAUGUGGGUUUAGACUUUCCUGUAACUUCAGCGCCAAAAUGGCCGCCAGCUCACUCUCACCUUUGUAACAUGUAUUUUUCUACUGCCGCGUAGACUUCCUGCGUCCUGUCGCGUAGUCAGCCUGCUCGCCCUCACACGUUGUGACGUCCUCUCCUCGGACUCGCUGUUUCUCCAUGUUUCCUUCGAUUUGUGGCGUAGCUUUGGCGUUUCCUCACUCGGUGUCAUGUUCUAACGUUGGCAUCGCCGCUAGCGUGCAUACUGCACCCAUUUUUUCUGGUAGUUUUUAACUCCCGGCUCACACUAACUGAAAGGUCAUAGGUCACAUUUCUGUCGCUGUUUCGUUUUUUUCUUGUCGUUUUUUUGAGUUUGAGGCUCUGCAGGACUCACAUAUACGGAAGACAUUUAAUGCUUAAAUUAAACUCAAAAACCGUAUGCAUGUAUUUUUUCUCAUGUGCACUGGCUGUCAGAGUUAAAUGAACAUUCAGUUCAAGAUUUAACAUAACGGCACAGUAAAAAAACAAAAAAUUUCGGUUUUAAGAUUCAGAAGAAAUAUUAAAGCAAAAUUAGGUGAUUUUAUGUUUUCCUGGACAUGUUUACAGUCAUGGCUAAAGUUUAAAAAAAAAUUAAUUCAUUAAGAAUGAAAUAAAAUAAACAAAGACCAAUGGCCCCAGAACAAAACCCUUCACAAUUAGAAAUGAAUUUUUUUUUUUUUUUUUUUAAAUUGACAUCUGGCACAUUGAUGCACACAGGAGUUUGUAUGGCUACUUUUAUUUUUCAGGUGUCUAAGUUCAGGAUGAUUUCUUAUUAGAUUCUGAGAAAUAAAAAACAGGAAAAAAUUCCCCCAAAAUGGAAAGAUUCAAAAUACGUAAUUAAAAACACAGUAAUGCAUACCACAGGGGACACACGCACAUGCAAAAAAAAGCUUAAAUUUGGCACUAUAUGUCAAAUAAAUAUGGAAGAUUUUCAAAUGAAAGAAACCUCAUGUAAAUGGUUUUAUUCCUUCUUUUUUGUGGGUGUAUUCACAAUAGUAAUAGUUCAGGAAAAAGUGCUAUAAAAUUGUCCUAAAUUCUGCACAUUAAUCCUUAAACAGAAAUUUCACUUUAGUUGAUUUAGAGAACUGAAACUGCAUUUGUUUGCCGUCAUGAACUGAAGCAGUAAAUACAUCAGAGUGCUGUAAUGAGCUCUAAAUUAUUCCAACUAAUUGUUUUAUUAGGUUCUGACACAUCAAAAGCACCCACAGGAAAAAAUGAAUAUGGAUUUAACUUCAUUGGAAAUGUUUUUUGUUUGUGUUUUAAUUUUGGCAUUUAAGGUCUUCCGUAGUUGAGGGCGUUUUGCACUUUUCUCCGAUGUGAUUCCACUCAUUGUAAACUCAUUCAUACACUAAAUAAGUCUGCUCUAAAUUUACCAUGAAACUCAAACCUGAAGCCACUGGCGUCCCGCCGCACUGCAGGAAGUGAUGUCGAGUAGAGUAGAACACGAGCUCACUGUAGCAUCGUAGGUUAGCAAUAUUCAAACUCUGGAUCUGAGGCUGCAAAGGAGUCGGCGCUGCCGGGUUUUUGGUGGAGCGGGAAAAACUGAAGGCGUUUCCUGUGAAUGAGUCCUGAGGUUUAUUCGGCUGACGAAGGCAUUGAUGCUGAUAACUGACUCCGCCCCUCACAGGAGGGGGUGUGGUUUGACCUCAGAGCUGCAGCAGAACAUAAAUUCAGGGUGAUUUUUUUCUUUUUGGUAAAUUAAAGUCAGAUUCCAGCUUCAGAUCCAAAGAUUUUUUUUUUUUUUUUUUCAGUUAACUCGGCGUCGCCUUGAUUUGAAGUUUUAUUUUUGCCGCUGUAAUCGGACCAAAAAGUCGAUUAAUUUGGAGAAUAAAACUUGUUGAUUUAAAAACCUGCUGAUUCAGCCAGCGUCCAGUCACAGAUCAGACAUAAACAGGAAGUGAGAAAUUUUGGACUGUAUUUUGUUGAGUGACUCGCUUUUCUUCCGAAUGUGGUGGAGGUCGGUACGGGAGCACAUCAGGGCCAUUGAACGCGUGAAGGAACGGAGCUGGAUGAACUUUUGGUGACCUGCCGAGGGCCCUGAUGGGCCUCCGUAGAUUGGGAGCUGCAGUUUGUGUUUGGAGUGAUUCGACACACCAUCAAACUCUUAAAUAAAUUGGAUUUUUAAUGACGCACAAUGAUACGCAAAAUAAAAUGAACACACUGAA